UCAGCCCGGGUCCCGUUAGCUCAUUGUUAUUCUGCCCGAGUGAGAGGGAUAGUGGGAUAGUGAGCGAGAGACUGAAAGAGAGUGAGGACAUUGUGAGAGAAAGAGAGAGUGGCAAAAGAGAGAGUGGCAAAGAGAGACAGAGAUUGGAAGAGAACUGAGGCUUCUAACUGUAGGGAGUUUGAAGCAGUGGUCCGGGGUUUAUUCGCGAUGAAUUUUCUGUCCGGGGUGUGCGCGUGAAGGCAUGUUGCUAUCGGCUCGACAAUGAGGAGAGGUACAGAACGGCACCAAAAGUCUGACGCCGAUUUGUGUGAGUAAAAAGAAAAAGAGGGAGUGGUUGAGAAAGGGGGAAAAUAGGGAGAGAGAGCGAGAGAGAGAGAGCGAGAGAGCGAGAGAGAGAACGAAGGCAGGGGGGAGAUUGUGAUUUAGUGCUCUGGUGGGUGAAACAACCCCCCACUAACCAAGAGGAACGCAAUAGAAGAAAAGAAAAAAAAGACAAAGACAAACUGAGUUUUGGUCAUCUGUUUCUUCAACAAUGAGCUCAGAAAAGGGGCCUUCAGUCUGCUGUUGUAAAGCCUGAUGUCCUAACAUACAGGGGAGGAGACUACAAUACAUAAACAUUCUGAAACACCAUGUCUCGUUCAGAUGAGGUCAACAAGAUGACAGAAAACGUGUAUAAGGGGAUUCUGGACCAGUUCAACCCCAGUCUGAAGAACUUUGUGACCAUGGGGAAACACUAUGAGAAAGCCCUGACAGGAGUGACGGUGGCAGCUAAGGGAUACUUCGAUGGUCUGGUCAAACUGGGAGAACUGGCCAGCGACAGCCAAGGGUCCAAAGAACUGGGAGACACGUUAUUCCAGAUGGCCGAGGUGCACAGGCAGAUUCAGGUUCAACUGGAGGACGUGUUGAAGCUGUUCCAUUCUGAGCUGCUGUCCCAGUUGGAACAAAAGCUGGAGUUGGACAUUAAAUAUCUUACUGCCACGUUGAAGAAAUAUCAGAGUGAGCGCAAGUCGAAGUCAGAGUCUAUCGAGCGCUGCCAAUCACAGCUCAAGAAGCUGCGCAGGAAGAGCCAGGGCAGUCGCCACCCCAACAAGUAUGGAGAUAGGGAGAUGCAGUAUGUGGAGCUGAUGAGUCGUCGUCAGGCUGAGCUGGACACGUUGGUUGCCGUGGGUUACCGCUCGGCGCUGACGGAGGAGAGGAGACGAUACUGCUUCCUGGUGGACCGCCAGUGUUCCGUCACCAAGCUGCUCAUCAACUACCACUGCAAGGUGAGAGAGCUCCUGUCACAGAAGCUGUCCUCAUGGCAACAGUCAUGCUCCCAGCCAACCAGACUACCUGAACGGGCACUAAACCUGCUGCGUCACACCGCCCCCCAGGGCUCUGGGGCAUCUGGGAUAGCUGAGCUCCUCCGACACGCCAAACUGGGCGCUGCACAGCCAGAACAGAGGCUGUCAGUACAGGAGGUCCCACCCCUGUUGAAUGGUGGCUCCCAGCAGCAGAGGCCCAUCCCCUCUUCUUCCCAGAGUGACACCCUCCCUCCCCAAAACUCCCCCGGACCCCAGACCUUCCGCUCCCUCGCUGCCACUGCAGGGGCCAUUGGAGGUAGUGGGGCAGGCUCCACCCAGCAGACCAGCAUGCCUGUUAGUGCCUCAGCUAUCUCCAAUGCUAACAACAACACAAGCGCUAAUGCUAUCACUACUGCUAACACUCCCACUACUUCAUCCACCUCCUCCAUGGUUGGCUCCAGCCAAGCCCAGCAGUCUUCUCUCCUCCUGGCCACCAGCACCUCCAGCCUCUCCCCAAGUCUCAUCCCCUCCACUGUGCUUUCUCUCAGCCAGGGCUCCCCAUCCUACUCCUCCUUACAGGGCCUGGCCCUGCCGUUGUCCCUCAGUGCCCCUCACAGUCCUCCACUACCCCACAGUGCACCUCUCUCCAGAGCCAUAACCCCCUCGCUGCACCACCAGGGGGGGCUAGGAGGAGGGAACACACCAUUGCUGUCCCAUAAUCCCAUACUGAUGAAGGCAGCAGAGAUGUAUGGAACGUCUACACUGCCGUUGCCUAGGAGACCGGUCAGCGAGGCCCGGGUGGGAGUGUUUAUGGGUUCCACUCUGCCCAGAGACAGAGUUCUCCCUCUCUCCAGCCCGUCUCGUGUGGAAGCCAUAUUUGCCCAUGCUCCUGGGGGGUCAGAGGGCAGUGGAGGGGGCGGGGCCUGCUUACUUCACUUUCUGCCAGGUGAUGCUCUCAGCCUCCUCAUCUCUGAGCCCAGAGACGGGUGGCACUAUGGCCAGAAUGAACGGACUGGACGGAAAGGCUGGUUCCCUUUCUCCUACACUCAGCCCUACCCCAACACCUUGGAUCCCCUCGACAGCAGCUCCCCGCUCCUCUCUAAGGUCAACAGCACCAGUACGGGUCAGUUAGACAAGCUGGUCUCCCCUGGCCUGCCUGCCCUGACCCCUGAGUCUGAGGAGGAGCGCUCGUUCCCCCCUCAGAGGGUCAGCACCUUCCGCCCGCGCCCCUACAGCAUGGCCGACUCCAACCAGGUCAGCCUGAGGCCGAAGGUCAGAGGUGAAGGGGUAGAGUGGGCAGGGCCCUCUAACCGACCGGCUCUGUCAAUGCUGAUGCAAGAGCUCUCCUCAGACUUCGCCUCUCCUCCACCCUCACCAACCUGGACCAACCCAUUUGCCCAUGUCCGACUCAGAAAGACGGUGACCAACGAUCGCUCUGCACCAAUCAUCGAAUAGGACAUGGUCUCCUUGAACAGGCAACCAAUGGAGAGGUGUUAAUAAGGAAACGUUCAUGUGUUCUGAAUUUGUUCUCAGAGGCCAGUAACUAUGUUGGUUGAGUUCUCAACUGUUGAGCCUUAAGAGAAAGCCCUACGUUAACCUUUCUGUUCAUGUUGGUUAUUUACAAAGGCUGAUUAGAUGUGUAUGAAUCAGGCCUAAGUCAAAAUACAGACACUUAUGUGGUGUUAUUUUGAUGAUAGAAGAAUCAAAGCCGAAAUUUGAGUGACAUUACAGUGAUUGUCAAAGACCCUUUGGACAAAAUGAGAUGCAGCUUUCAGCUGGUGAAUCAGAUCUUCCCCCUUAGUAUUUGAGAAUUAUAGCGGGAGUUGGAAUAUAGAUCCCUGCGAUGUUAGUAAAAACACAAACAGAGGGAGGCCAUUUUGUCGGCAUGUCCAACAGCCCUGGGCAUUACUGACUAUAAGAUCAUUUUAUCAUUUUAUGUUUAUUUUCAUUUCACAACACUUUUCUAGAAGUAACCUUGGUAGAAAAUGUUUAUUAUGUUAUUUUGUCUGUACCCGUUCAGGGACUGGUUCCUGGUAGCAGGCUAUAGUUAGGUAAUAGUUUUAAUGAAUUAUAGCAUACUUUACUUUUACCAUUAGGAAUUGUCUUAAAGGACAUCGAAACAUGUUGAAGAAUUUUCAUGUUUUUUUCCAUUGUUGGGAUUCAAUAAGAGUAUUUUUAAGCACAUUGUUAGCUAGGCAGAUUUAUUUUCACAAUAGAUGCAGACCUACCAAUCACUUGUUGAUUUAUCACAUUUGUACAACUUAAUUGACAUGUUCUCUAUAUGGAGAUUUUUAAAAAAGUUUAUUGAUGUUGCAAUGGAAGUUGCUUACUGAGGUCAUCAGCACAACGCUGGGUAGGAAAUAGUUCAAGUUUAAACACCAUAAUAAUUUGUUUUAAUGUGCUUUGUAUAAGGAAUUAUACUUUUAAGAUCAACUGAUCAAUUUACGAAGGCAAUUGAUAAGAUUUGUUAUACACAGAAAUAUGUUGCAUUGCAAAGCUAUUGCUGCAAGUUUGGGAUGUGUAGAUUGUAUUGAACAUUUACCUUCAAGAGUCUCUGUUAUCUACUUUAGGGUAUUAAUAGAAGUAAGAAGGAGCAACAGUACAGAUGUAGGAUUUUCAUUUGAUCACUCUUUUGUUGCUGAGAAUUUUCCUGAAAAGCAGGAAAUACAAACUU